UAUCCCUAAUUCCUUUCUAUAUUAGGAAGAGAGUAUUCUACUCAGUGCCCCCUCUUGUAAUAAAGAGCUCUGAGUGUUUUCAAUCCGAGACCCCUGUUAAGCUUCCUUGUCCCUGGAAGAACCCCACCGACAAUGCCUAUCCCACCCAUAGUUGUAUUUGGUGAGGACCCCCAGGCCCUCCAGCCAGCCACCCUCCAUAUUGUGGCUAUGACAGCUGUGGGGAGGGAGAGAGAAAGAGGAUCUCCCUGACUAAAUAGCCCCUGUGCUAGCCAUUUAAGCAAACUCCCUGUUUGAGAAUAAGGUUCUUGGGGAAUAAUUAUCCUGAUCUUGCCAAAUGACACCCUUUAUUUUCCGACCCCCCCCCCAACUUUGUGUACUCUGAAGGUAGCAGUGGGACAGCUCUAACUGAUAAGAGUCCUUCAGGCAGUGGUUUUGGUUGGAGUCCAGACUGAUUAUUUCAUGACCAGCUAGAGAAAUUCGCGAAGGUUCUUGGGACAAAUCGAGACAUUUUUUUGAGGGGUAAUUUAGAGGGUGGGGGGAGAGAGGAAAUGAGCCCAGUGUUGUGAACAGCUAAUCCCUGGGGAGAGGGGAAUCCGGGUGGGGAGUGGUAGUGUGAGAAACGCAGUUGAAAAGUCUGUCUCUCCUGCUUCUUGUUUCUCCCUCACCCCAUCCCCCCACCAUUUCCCCCUGUUGCAGGGUUUUGUUUAUAUAACUCAAGUUGUUUGGCUAGAUUCUUCAGGUGAAUUCCUUCUUUCUUCCUUUUAUUGUUACUGUUUUUGAUUGGACGUUUUGCCUCAUUGCAGAGAUCAAUGAUUAUUGUUAAGUAUUCUGUUAAGGAAUUCGCUGAAGUUUUUAAAAAGUAGUUUUUGCAUUUGAUUUGGAAGUGGGGGAUGGGAGGGAAGUUGCCUGGGCAAGUGAUUUUCCCCCCGCAUAAUCUUUUCAGGAACAAGGUGUUUUUCUCCUCGCUCGGGAAAACUUGAUUAGAAAUUACAAACAGUAGAUGAACUUGCAAGUUUUGUGGUUUGAAGUUUAGAAUUUUGGAGAGGUUGAAGUGGGGAUUAGAGAGAGGAGCAUGUAAUAAAGUAUAUAUUUUGUACCAAAUGUAUGUCUAGGCACAAGUGAAAUUGACCCUUGGGCUGUGAUUGAGUUUUGUAAAUGUGUGAAUGAUACCAGUAAUGUUGGCCUUAAAUACAGUGGCAGGAAAACUUGUAACUAUGGCUGUGUGUACCUUUUACACAAAGCAGUUUCAGGUUUUAUUUUUGUUUAGAAACUAGGAAAUGACAUGAUGGCAGAACCUGAGUUAUUUUUAUCUUGAAUUGAGACUGUCACACCUAAUGCAAAUUUCUACCUAAUGUUAAAUUGGGAUGGGUGGGGGAGAGAGAAUUCCAGCUGUCUUUGAUCAAUGUCAGAUUCUCAAAUUAUAUACUUCUAUAUUUUUUAGAAAACUGAGGAUAAAGGGUGAGGCCUAACUUGACCUGAUGCCUUUUCCAUACAGUGCCUUUUGUUCAUUUAGUAGUUGUGGCAUCUAGAAUGAUUACCGUAUUUAGGAGUCGGGGUGUGGGGGGUGGAGAGGGAGAGGAAAACAGACAAAGAACAGCAGGGUGUCUUUCUUUUUUUUCUUCCCCUAAGUGGCUUAUUUCAUAGCUUAUUUUUAGUAGAAGAUGAAGAAAGGCAAAGAUGCAUUGGCCUUCUGUUCUUUCCCCACCUUCCUCCUUUCUGACAAAAGAAAGCAGAGGCGCUUUAAAAUCGUAGAUGUCUGAGAUAAGAGGACCACAGUCUCAGGAUUUAGAAGCCAGAGGUUAUCUUUGUUUCGAGUCUGUUAUUUUCUGGUCUAAGUUAAAUUUUUUGUAUUUCCUUUUGUGUGUGCCUGUGUGUUGUGGGGCUGAGAGAUUUUGUGGCCUCCUUUCUGUGCUGAAUUCACAUUAGUAGGCACAAAUGGAGACUACGAUUUUUGAGCAAGGUAUAUUUAGCACAAAAUUUAAGGAAAAAUUCCCAACGCACUACUAAAAUGAACACAAUUGUGUGAAAGCGCCGAGGGUUGAAAAUGAAAGAUGGUGGAGAGGAAGUGGGAAAGGUCUGAAGGAAUGUACUUGCUUUUUACCCCCCCAGUGCCCCUUGGUGAUUUCGUUGGUAUGGAGGCUGAUAGCCGGUUUCGUUGCAGUCUUGUUUCAGCCCAUUUUUGGAUGUCUCCUGAGCGUAAUUAUGCCACCACGAUUUACAGCCUGGCAGGGAACCUAUAUAGUAGGAAAGUAGCGGUGUGGGGGUAGGGAGAGAAGAGGAUGUGUAACUAAUUGGCCACUGCCUUCCACUACCUCGUAGGUUCUUUCCGAGACGCUGUCCCUGGUUGUUUGGAGUCGGUGAUAUUUCUUUUGUGACGGGUUGGUAGGAGGAAAGCUGACUUCCAAGUUAUGGAGGGAGUGAGUGUUUUGCACCAAUGCAUUUAAUAAUCUGGGCGAUUAUGUUCUGAAACUCUGACUCAUUCAUUGUUUCUCUUCUGAUCCUUUGCUGAGGGUUGUGCAAACCUCUCCAGGAGCCUAGAAACUGAUGUACAUGACUUUUGGGCCCUGUAGGAAUGUGUCCCAGUCAAAAAACUUGCAGUGAGCCCAAAUCCUGUGGAAUGGUGGUUUUGAAUAGUGUUGCUGUUUGUUUGCAAAGUCAGGUAGAUUGGUGAUCCUGUGCUGUUCCCAGCCUGGCAAGCUUUGAGGUUUCUAUCUCAAACCUGCCCGAUUAUUUAGAUUGUCUGAGAACUGGGACUCUGGUGACCUUAAAGCGUGAUUUGCCCUAAAGGAAUAUCGGUUUAAGUUCUCCUGGGUGGAGGAACAAACAGCUCAGAUUACACGGGUUUCCUUGUUGGUGGGGGUUACUCGUCUCACCCUGUUGCACAGCCUGGUGAUCCUUUUAUCUGUGAACCAGUGGCCCCUGCUGAAGGCUAGAGCUGCUUGUUUUGGAAAAGCGUAUGCAGGCAAAAGGCCGCAGGCACAGCUCCUCACAGCUCAUUGGCUGCUCUGUUACUACCCGGAAAAGGAGGAGGGGCGGAGCUACCAAACAGCUGAUGGAGUGUGUGAUCAGAGUGUGUUUAUAUAUACAAAAGAAGUAGGGGCUGGCGAGGCCUUGUGAGUGGUGUUACCGAUCAGGUGUAUUUUCAACAAGUAAAAAGAGGAGAGGAAAACCUGCCUUGUUAGAGUACAAGAAAAUGUUCAAGGUUAAAUCAGAAAAGUGGAUCUGAUAAUAAUGGGGGCUCGGCAUGCAACUGUAUCUUGUUCUUGAGCACCGUAUGAAGGUGGAGUUUGGAAAGUUAGAGUGGAUCUUCCUGAUAAAUACCCUUUCAAAUCUCCAUCUAUAGGAUUCAUGAAUAAAAUUUUCCAUCCCAACAUUGAUGAAGCGUCAGGAACUGUGUGUCUAGAUGUAAUUAAUCAAACUUGGACAGCUCUCUAUGAUCUUACCAAUAUAUUUGAGUCCUUCCUGCCCCAGUUGUUGGCCUAUCCCAACCCCAUAGAUCCUCUCAAUGGUGAUGCUGCAGCUAUGUACCUCCAUCGACCAGAAGAAUACAAGCAGAAAAUUAAAGAGUACAUCCAGAAAUAUGCAACGGAGGAGGCACUGAAAGAGCAGGAAGAAGGCACCGGAGACAGCUCAUCGGAGAGCUCUAUGUCUGACUUUUCGGAAGAUGAGGCCCAGGAUAUGGAGUUGUAGUAGAAAAAGCACCUGCUUUUCAGAAAGACUAUUAUUUCCUAACCAUGAGAAGCAGACUAUAAUAUUCAUAUUUAAACAAAGCAAUUUUUUUUAUUACUAAACAAGGUUUUUAUGAAUAAUAGCAUUGAUAUAUAUAUAUUAUAUAUCACCCUUUAGAUCUUGAUUUCUUGGUCAUUUCUCAACCUGAGGUGCAUAGCAUAUUCCCACAUUCCAUUUUGGUAGCAAUAUGCGGUCUGAAUGCAUGCAUUCAUAAGUCCAUUUGGCCAAGUCAGCCUCCGUGCUACUGAACUGUCAAAAGAAAUAGCCGCUCUGAUAGAUAGACAUGAGUAAAAAUAACAGGAAAAAGUUGCUUUUAUUGAUGGUUCCAAAGAAACAAACCAAACCAACCAGCUCUUGGACGUGAAGAUAGAAUAGUGCUUUUUCAAAAUGGAAAGGAAAAAAUUGGAGAGGAAAAGGCCUGCUGUGGGAGCGUUUAGAGCGAGCCACGUCAGCAUCAGAGCUGCUCCUUCCUGGGCAUCGUAGGUGACCCCAUUUUUGUGGAGUAACAGUAUAAAACAGGGAGCUAAUUGGAGUAUUGAAACUUAAAACAAUUUUUUUGACUUGGAUUUUAAGUACAUUUUUAUAUGUAGAUUCCUGCCCUUCUCGCUACCAGGCCCUGCAGCCACAAGUGUUUGCUUUGGAGGACCUUUUGGAAAUGUUUUCUGAAUCUGAUUCUUUUUCUUGGGGGUAGACCUUGUAAUCCAGACCUUUUUUGAGAGAUACAGGACAGGAGAAAAGUGACUGGGAAGAUGUUUCCUCUCAUCCGACACCUGCAGAGUCACAUCCUCGCCCUCUUGUUGGCCACUUUGAGACCGCUGCCCUGGACUGAGAGCUUUAAGUUUGAGGGUGGUUGUGGGUUUGGGUUUGUUUUUGUUUUUGUUUUUGUUUUGGUGUGUGUGUGUGAAUUGUGCUUAGACAGGUUGCAGAUUUAAUCUUCACCUACCAAGAGAUGGCCUCCUCCUCGGACAGCCGCUCAGUGGACCAUUAGACUCGGGAAGAAGACCCUUCUGGUGGCUGUCCCUCCUGGGUACUCUCAUUCAUGUUUUCGUUUUGUUUUCCCUUCUGCUGCUGCUCUUGGCAGCAGCUUGGUCAUCGUCUGCUUGUGGGAGUGGGAAAUGGGUAUUUCAGACCCAGCACACAUUCUAAAUUUAAAACGAGUAAUAAUUGGAACAAAUAAAGGUUCUUGUGCCCAAAGUGACUCUACAUGGGAAAAACAAACACAGCUUUUUUUUCAGAGUGAGACUGAAUAGGAGGAAGGGAUUCAGAAAUAGGACGUAGUAGAACAGGUUUUGAAAGAAGAAAAUUUUCUCUCAUAUAUGUUAAGAGGAAAUCAGACAGUUUAAAUGCCUGCUAAUCAAAUGUUUACUUAGCUACCCAUAUGUCCAGGUUGCUGGCAGGGUUUCUUUCAGAAAGUGUUGGCCUGCUGAAUUUGGAGAACUUCAGACAGUAGCUGUGUGGGGUUUUUUUGUUUGUUUUUUGCCACAACCAAUAGGACAACAGCAGAAUUAGCCAAUCCUAAGAUCUUCUAAAGAUGAUUUUUGAAUGUCCCACGAGGAUAAUUUAAUUUCUCUUUCCAAUGUGUGUUUUUAGUUUAGAAGAGCUGUAUUCCACAAGAUUUGAGUCAAUGAGGUUGGACGAUAUCUUUUUUUUAAUUCAAAAAGCACAAUCAAUCUUUUCUUUGAAAAAUCUAUAUAAAGUACAACUUGCUUUUAGCAUGAUUAUUUUCCUAAAUAAAAAGCAAAGAAUUUACUUAUUUUAUGUUAAUUACGGGCAUGAAGCAAAAGGUUUUCUUUUUUAAAAAAAUUAAAAGUGCAGUUAUGUAGGGCUGUGGUUAGUUCACCGUACUGAGUUAUCUAUCUAGCAUUUGUGGCUUGUUGGAAGGGUAGUAUUAACUAUUUAACAUGUAAUGGUGUACUUUAACUCUUAUCUAGCACGUUGUCUUCUCAUUACUUUGGGGGAGGGAGGGUCUCUGCUGGCACUGUCUAACUUGCUUACCUGCUGAAUUAGCAGUUUGCUUGUGCUAUAGCCGUUACUUGUAGGUGCGACGUAGGGUAGGCUUAAAGUGCUGGGUGGUGACUUGAGUUCAAACAAUAAAAAAUUGUAUUUUUUCAAUAUCGUAUAAACAAUAGUGUUCUAAUUACCUUUCAAAAAAAAAUAAUGUCCAGAUAAUAAUUGCUUUUAAUCUUAUCAAAAAACCAAAAACCUAGGAGAACCAAGUUUAGGGAAGGUAUGUGAGCAGUGCCCCCACUCUGCUCCCUAACUAAAUCCGUGUUUCUCUAGCAAAAAACAUCAGCUUGCCUGCCGAUCGAGAGCUCCAGCACUAGGAACCCAGUGGUGCAGAAUUUCCAAAUGAAGAUUUCUUGGGGGAGGAUUUAAGGGCCAAGAAGCAGAUCUGAGUGUGGAUGCAAGUGUGUGUGCACAUAUGUGGGUCCAUGCAGGUCUGUGUGAUGAAGGCGCAGUUAGACUUCUCCAUGAGCCCUGGAUGCUCCGGGAAUUGCUGGCCACAUCCCGCUGGACCCUCUCGUUCUGUCCAAGUCUAGCCUUUCUGGGCACUCACCUUGGUCCUGUGCAUGUUUUUGGCUCUGUGUGGAGCUUUUUCCUCUCCACUGGGAAACUGACUUUGGAUACGUUAAACAGAAUCCCUUCUUACACCAACUUUUUGUCCCUUCCCUGUGCCUGAGAAAGGUAGGAGUAGGAAAGGAAGCUGGAAGAAGGCCUGGCUGUGACUCGGGACUCUCGGGCCCUCCGUAAUAGAUGCUGGAGUGGGUCUGAAGCAGAGGGUAGCACAACAUCAAAAGCUUUUCCAGGUUGUCCCAUCAUAGCUUUCAGAGAAGUAUCCAGAGCCCGUCAGCAAAGCUGAACAUUGUUGUCUCUGAGGGUGGUGGUAGGUCAGGGCUGCGUCCGCCUGUGGCCCUCCCCUUCCCUUCUAAUUCUCAUCCUUGUUGAAACCUUACCUUUUGGCUCAUCAGCACAAGCCCUUCUCUGCCCCUGUUCAAAUGACUGAGCUCCACCUCUUGCCAAACACCAACAAGCAAGACUGCUGCACCACAGCAGCAUGUGAUCCACUGCCCGCCCGCUGCCCCAGCACCGGGGCCUCGUGGGUUGCGUUUUAUGAUAGCCACCUAGACCCUGGCGUUUUUGCUCUUUGCCUCCAAUGGCACCUCCCUCCUUAAGCUUACUGUACAGUUUCAACCAGCGUUUUAUACCAGUGAGAUAGUUAGCAGAAGUUGCCACGAAUCUCUCCGGUACCUAACGGUUUUCUUCCACUUCAAAAGCUGUUCUAAUUGCCAACUGGCUGACCUAAGCUCCAGAAGAGUGUCUCCCCUUAAUGGAAUUUUUCCCGCAAAAGGCUCCCUGAAGCCCUAGUUGGCCUUGGCCUGGCACUUGUUUUUUAUUAGGCCUCCUGUCAGGAUGGCUGAGAAUCAUGGAAGACAGAUCCUCUGCUAGCCUCCGUGGUGAAGCUGUUUGACACCAAGUUCCUGAGAACUAGUGUUUGAUUUUAAAAGGCAUGUGACCCUUCUGUGUUCUAGGGACUCAAUUAGAAAAGUGAAAAUUAGUAAGAGUAUUAUUCCUCUCACCAACUUCCUGACUGGGUUCUCAGUCUUGUUGACUGAAAUCAAAUCAUUUCUGACUGGGCUCAAAGACCUGUGUUUCUUUGGACUUCUGAAUCCAUGUGCAUAUUUCCUCUGGCCACUGAACACCUUGGCGAUUCCAUUAGGGUCUGGAUGGGGUGAGGUCUCUUGGGGAAGGGGGAGGAAGCCCUUGGGUGUGCAGGUUCUCCACUCACCUGAGGAAGGGCCAGGACUCUGAAUUCAGCAAAUACCCGUCUUGGCUGUGGGCUUGGGAAGAAAUGGCCUUUAUUUACUGAUUGUAUUUGGUACAUAUUGUGUGAUACUUGAAGAGAUAAAAGGGAUUUACCAGCCCUUAAUUGAAAUCUAAGCUUUUUAUCACUUAUUUUUUCCUUGCCCUCUCUCCUCCCUUCCACCUUUUCCCUUGCAUUGUGAUGAUCUAGUGGGCACUUCUGUCAACAAGACAAAUGCCUCCUCUGACUAUAACCUCUUAAUAGUUGUGUAUAAUGAAAACUGUAAACUUUUUUAAAUAAAAUGUGUAUAUACCUUGG